CCCCCCCCCCUCACCCUCUCUCUCUCUCUCUCUCUCUCUCUCUCUCUCUGUCUCUCUCUUUCUCACGCCUAGCGCAAUGGCGGCGUCCGCGGCGGAGCAGCAACAGUUCUACCUGCUCCUGGGAAACCUGCUCAGCCCCGACAAUGUGGUCCGGAAACAGGCAGAGGAAACCUAUGAGAAUAUCCCAGGACAUUCAAAGAUCACAUUCCUUUUACAAGCCAUCAGAAAUACUACAGCUGCUGAGGAGGCUAGACAAAUGGCUGCUGUUCUCCUAAGACGUCUUUUGUCCUCUGCAUUUGAUGAAGUCUACCCAACUCUUCCUUCUGAUGUCCAGACUGCUAUCAAGAGUGAACUACUAAUGAUUAUACAAAUGGAAACACAGUCUAGCAUGAGGAAGAAAAUUUGUGAUAUUGCUGCAGAGCUAGCAAGAAAUUUAAUAGAUGAGGAUGGUAACAACCAAUGGCCUGAAGGUUUGAAGUUCCUUUUUGAUUCAGUCAGCUCUCAAAAUGUGGGACUGCGAGAAGCCGCCCUUCACAUUUUCUGGAACUUUCCUGGAAUUUUUGGGAACCAACAGCAACACUACUUAGAUGUCAUCAAACGGAUGUUAGUUCAGUGUAUGCAAGAUCAGGAACAUCCAUCGAUCCGAACAUUAUCUGCUAGAGCUACAGCUGCAUUUAUACUUGCAAAUGAGCAUAAUGUUGCUCUGUUCAAACAUUUUGCAGACUUGUUACCUGGGUUCUUACAGGCUGUAAAUGAUUCAUGCUACCAGAAUGAUGAUUCAGUCCUUAAAUCCCUUGUUGAGAUUGCAGAUACUGUUCCCAAGUAUUUACGUCCUCACUUGGAAGCUACUUUACAGCUAAGUCUAAAGUUGUGUGGAGACACUAGCCUCAAUAACAUGCAACGCCAACUUGCUCUUGAAGUAAUUGUGACCCUCUCUGAGACUGCAGCUGCUAUGUUAAGAAAACAUACCAAUAUUGUUGCACAGACUAUUCCUCAGAUGUUAGCAAUGAUGGUUGAUUUGGAAGAGGAUGAGGACUGGGCAAAUGCAGAUGAACUAGAAGAUGAUGAUUUUGACAGCAAUGCAGUUGCUGGUGAGAGUGCUUUGGACCGAAUGGCUUGUGGACUUGGUGGAAAGCUCGUUUUGCCGAUGAUCAAGGAACACAUUAUGCAAAUGCUUCAAAAUCCUGACUGGAAAUAUCGGCAUGCAGGAUUAAUGGCUUUAUCUGCCAUUGGUGAAGGAUGCCACCAGCAGAUGGAAGGAAUUCUAAAUGAGAUAGUAAAUUUUGUAUUGCUUUUUCUUCAGGAUCCUCAUCCAAGAGUAAGGUAUGCAGCCUGUAAUGCUGUGGGACAGAUGGCUACAGAUUUUGCACCUGGUUUCCAAAAGAAAUUCCAUGAGAAGGUGAUUGCAGCCCUGCUGCAGACCAUGGAAGACCAAGGUAAUCAGCGAGUGCAGGCCCAUGCUGCUGCUGCUCUCAUAAACUUUACUGAGGACUGUCCCAAGUCACUACUUAUUCCGUAUUUGGAUAAUUUGGUGAAACAUCUGCAUUCCAUCAUGGUACUUAAGCUUCAAGAGUUGAUUCAGAAAGGCACCAAGUUAGUUUUGGAACAAGUUGUGACAUCUAUCGCAUCAGUUGCAGAUACUGCAGAAGAAAAAUUUGUCCCCUACUAUGACUUAUUUAUGCCAUCACUAAAGCACAUUGUUGAGAAUGCAGUUCAAAAGGAACUUAGACUUCUCAGAGGAAAAACUAUUGAAUGCAUCAGCCUCAUUGGUCUGGCUGUUGGAAAGGAAAAAUUCAUGCAAGAUGCAUCAGAUGUGAUGCAGCUGUUGUUGAAGACACAGACAGACUUCAGUGAUAUGGAGGAUGAUGAUCCUCAGAUCUCUUACAUGAUCUCAGCAUGGGCCAGAAUGUGCAAGAUCCUUGGAAAAGAAUUUCAGCAAUACCUUCCAGUGGUCAUGGGGCCUUUAAUGAAGACAGCUUCAAUUAAGCCUGAAGUAGCCCUUUUAGAUACCCAAGACAUGGAGAAUAUGAGUGAUGAUGAUGGUUGGGAAUUUGUGAACCUUGGAGAUCAGCAAAGUUUUGGUAUUAAAACUGCAGGACUGGAAGAAAAAUCAACUGCUUGUCAGAUGCUGGUUUGCUAUGCUAAGGAGUUAAAGGAAGGCUUUGUGGAGUACACUGAACAGGUUGUCAAACUGAUGGUCCCUUUACUGAAAUUUUAUUUCCACGAUGGUGUUCGAGUGGCGGCGGCAGAAUCCAUGCCUCUUCUGUUAGAAUGUGCAAGAGUUCGAGGUCCUGAGUAUCUCACACAGAUGUGGCAUUUUAUGUGUGAUGCUCUAAUCAAGGCCAUUGGCACAGAACCAGAUUCAGAUGUCCUCUCAGAAAUAAUGCAUUCUUUUGCAAAGUGCAUUGAAGUAAUGGGAGAUGGAUGCCUUAAUAAUGAACACUUUGAAGAAUUGGGAGGUAUACUGAAAGCUAAACUGGAAGAACAUUUUAAAAAUCAAGAAUUACGGCAAGUUAAAAGACAAGAUGAAGACUAUGAUGAACAGGUGGAAGAGUCACUACAAGAUGAGGACGAUAAUGAUGUUUAUAUUCUGACCAAAGUGUCAGACAUUUUACACUCAAUAUUCAGUAGCUACAAGGAAAAGGUGUUACCAUGGUUUGAACAGCUGCUUCCAUUAAUUGUCAACCUAAUUUGUCCACAUAGACCAUGGCCAGACAGACAAUGGGGAUUGUGCAUAUUUGAUGAUGUUAUAGAACACUGUAGUCCAGCCUCAUUUAAAUAUGCAGAAUAUUUCUUAAGACCAAUGCUCCAGUAUGUAUGUGACAGCAGCCCAGAAGUAAGGCAAGCAGCUGCGUAUGGCCUAGGAGUCAUGGCACAGUAUGGUGGAGAUAGCUAUCGUCCUUUUUGUACAGAAGCACUCCCACUGUUGGUAAGAGUUAUACAGUCUGUCGGUUCUAAGACCAAAGAAAAUGUUAAUGCUACAGAGAACUGCAUCUCAGCAGUAGGGAAAAUUAUGAAGUACAAACCUGACUGUGUGAACAUUGAAGAAGUCCUGCCUCACUGGUUGUCAUGGCUUCCACUACAUGAAGAUAAAGAAGAAGCUGUUCAGACUUUCAAUUAUCUGUGUGAUCUGAUUGAAAGUAAUCACCCAAUUGUUCUUGGCCCAAACAAUACCAAUCUGCCCAAAAUAUUCAAUAUAAUUGCCGAAGGAGAAAUGCAUGAGGCAAUUAAACAUGAAGAUCCUUGUGCCAAACGUUUGGCUAAUGUAGUUCGCCAGGUACAGACUUCUGGAGGAUUGUGGACUGAAUGCAUAGCACACCUCAGUCCUGAGCAUCAGGCAGCCAUACAGGAGCUCCUGAACUCUGCUUGAAGGGCCUUAAUAUCACCACCAGAAAACUAACUGCAAAUAAACGUUACCAUUUUGUUUAGGUUUCUUUGUUUUGUUUUUAAGAAAAAGAGAACAGUAGAGUUGUGUGUAGGCUAUUCUUCUGCAAAGCUGCAACAGCAGAAAGAGAAGCACUGGGUUUCAGAAUGGUAUUUAAAUGGAUUUGUAUCAUACCACCGAAGAAGUUCCCAUAAGCCCUAUAGUAGCACUGAAGAGUAUUUUUUUAUUGGUAUUACCCACCAAUCUGAAAGUGAAAGGGAAAUUAAAUUAAUUUUUCUCUUUAAGACAUAAGGAAAUUUAAGACAAACAGCUUUAAGAUCUGUUACUCACCAUAGAUACGUGUUAGAAUUAGAGUGUGUCUUUUUGUAAGGUAGAAAGAAUCCUACCCCGCAGACUAGUAGAUCCAAGAAUUGGAGGGGAAAAAAGCUGAAGAUAAAAACAAGCAUGAAGAUGUCAUAUUUUAUCUCACUUUCAGUGUUUUGUUUUUUUUUUCCCCCAAAAGGCUUAUGUGGUGACUCAGAUUGGAAAGCUUUUUAGCUUCCAGCCCUUGAAUGUGAGGUGUCAUUGGCAUGUCUGGCAGUAGUUUCUCAUUUUCUCCUCAAUAAACAGCAUUGAAAUACAAAAGAAAUCUGUGUAAAAAUUCCAUAUUGUCUGGCUUUGAUUCAUUUAAUGUUUUUAAUGUAAGAAUAAUAUUUUUUAAAGUAGUAACUGUGGCUCUGAAUGUUUUUUUUCCUAAUAAUUUUCCUUGUGCAGUUCAAACUUGAAAACAUAUAGUUUUUACCAUCUUCUACUUUAAUUUAAGCUAAGUUAUGAUAUACCUGCUAUGUUCACAAUUGGUUACAUUUUAAAACUAGUAUUGUUACAUUUAGAUAUAAAAAGAUUUGGCAUAGUAUUUUCAUUACAAAUUGUAAUUGCUGUAAAGCCACACACAACUUUUAAGCAUUUAAUUUCAUGAGAAAUGUGAUGACUAAAAUUAUUUUCUAAUUCAGUAAAAUGUUUGCUUUUUUUAUGUAUUAACCUCAUAGCAGUAAAUGGUUUGUUUCCUCAAAUAAUUUUUCUAAAAGAUCUUAAUAGAUUUCUGUUGAAACAUCAGUGUUAACACUUUUAUGGUUUGUACUAAUUUCAACCGUGGUAUAAAAAUGCAUUUUAUGCUUAGAUCAGAAUUUAAAUUAAAGGUUUUUUUCCUUAA